CAACGGCGGCGGCGGCGGAUCACUGUUGUGUGGGAGGAGGGCGGCGGGGAUGGACUUGAUCUCUCAGGUCUCCUGUUAAGGCGGCAGCAGAGCGCGCCCCAUCGACCAGCCAGCACCCGCCAGGGCCGAGCCGCGCUGCGCCGGGCAGGGAAGGACCGGCCUCCCGCCCGCUCCCCGGCUGCUUUAUUUUUAAGGGGGAUCUGCUGUUCCUCGCCCUUUUACCCCCUCCCCUCCUGCUCGCACACACGCACGGGGACACGCACGCACCCUCCUCCGUUGCCCUUUCAUUCUUUCCUCCCCCCCCCACCCCGCCGUCCUCCCGCGCCGUCUCUUGCCGUGGCAGAUGCGCUGGGGGUCACCGCGCAGCUGGGACUAUGGUGAAAUUUCCAGCGCUCACUAACUACUGGCCCCUGAUCCGGUUCCUGGUCCCUCUCGGCAUCACUAACAUCGCCAUCGACUUUGGGGAGCAGGCCUUGAAUAGGGGUAUCGCCGCUGUCAAGGAAGAUGCUGUGGAAAUGCUGGCCAGCUAUGGACUGGCAUACUCCCUAAUGAAGUUCUUCACAGGUCCCAUGAGUGACUUCAAAAACGUAGGUCUGGUGUUUGUGAACAGCAAGCGAGACAGGACCAAAGCAGUUUCAUGCAUGGUUGUAGCUGGCGCUGUAGCUGCUGUAUUUCAUACCUUAAUAGCAUAUAGCGAUUUGGGGUAUUACAUUAUCAAUAAGCUGCACCAUGUGGAUGAAUCAGUGGGAAGUAAAACUCGGAGGGCCUUUCUUUAUCUUGCUGCCUUCCCUUUCAUGGAUGCCAUGGCAUGGACCCAUGCUGGGAUUUUGCUAAAACACAAGUACAGUUUCCUUGUGGGAUGUGCCUCCAUCUCAGACGUCAUAGCUCAGGUUGUUUUUGUAGCCAUUUUGCUUCACAGUCACUUGGAGUGCAGGGAGCCACUCCUGAUCCCAAUCCUGUCCUUAUACAUGGGAGCACUUGUCCGAUGUACCACACUAUGCCUCGGAUACUACAGGAACAUACAUGAUGUCAUUCCUGAUAGAAGUGGGCCUGAAAUGGGGGGAGAGGCUACGAUAAGGAAGAUGCUGAGUUUCUGGUGGCCUUUGGCAUUAAUUUUGGCAACUCAGCGAAUAAGUAGGCCCAUUGUCAACCUUUUUGUCUCCCGGGACCUAGGUGGCAGUUCUGCAGCCACAGAGGCAGUGGCAAUUCUGACAGCUACAUAUCCUGUGGGACACAUGCCAUAUGGCUGGCUGACAGAAAUAAGAGCAGUAUACCCUGCUUUUGACAAGAAUAACCCCAGCAAUAAAUUGGUGAACACCAACAGCACCGUCACAGCAACACAUAUCAAGAAGUUCACUUUUGUUUGCAUGGCCUUGUCUUUAACGCUCUGUUUUGUGAUGUUUUGGACGCCAAAUGUGUCAGAGAAGAUUUUAGUUGACAUAAUUGGAGUAGACUUUGCUUUUGCAGAGCUGUGUGUUGUUCCGUUGCGCAUCUUCUCCUUCUUUCCAGUUCCAGUGACUGUCAGAGCACACUUGACUGGCUGGCUGAUGACUCUGAAGAAGACGUUUGUGUUGGCACCCAGCUCCGUGCUGCGAAUUAUCGUCCUCAUCACUAGUCUCGUUGUGCUGCCUUACUUGGGAGUUCAUGGAGCCACUCUUGGAGUAGGAUCCCUUCUAGCUGGUUUUCUAGGAGAAUCUACCAUGGUUGCAAUAGCAGCCUGUUAUGUCUAUCAGAAACAGAAAAAGAAGCGGAACGAGAAUGAAACAGCUACAGAAGGUGAAGACUCUGCAAUGACCGACAUGCCUCACACAGAAGAAAUGACAGACAUCGUAGAAAUGAGAGAAGAGAAUGAAUAAGAAAGGAGAUGCAAUUGUUCUCUGCAGGGAUGAUUGGAGUGACACUUCAGCAUCUUGUCUUCUCUCAUACCUUUUUGUUUGUUUGUUUUUAUUUUUGUAAUAAAGAGGCCUUGAUUUAAGAGGUUUCAGAUAAAUUCUCUAGCAUACUGAGUAUGCUCUCACUGAUGAGGGACCUAAAAAGAGGUCUUUGCUUUUUUUUUUUUUUCUUUUCAAUUGAAUUUGUUUUCUCACUCCAUGCAAACAUAAAAGAUACAAUUGCAUCACUGUAGAGUCUUCCUUCCUUACGCAUCCACUUUCUCUGGACAAUCUGCAUUUGUCAGCCAAAGCCCUGCUCUUUGUGCACGUGUGUGUGUGUGCACCUGCAUGCACGUGCACACUUACACACACUCACAUGCCACUGGCUCAGUGCUACUGCCAUAAUUCUAUUCCCUCCCCUCUUUCCUUUUCCUUUCUUUUCUUUAUGAGAAAUGUAAAGGAAAAGAAGUUUGGAAUACGAAGCUUUAUUUUACUUGCUUGAAAAUGACUUUGCUACAUAAACUAAUACAAGUUUUUGUUUGGCCUCAUUACAAGAGCUUAUACUGCACAGGGUACAAGACAGGGAGGAACAUAUAAGUCUUCACAUACAAAGUGGAGAAAAAUGGGUUCCCCUCUAGAUUAAUAGUGUGUGAAUGUGUAUAUACACACACAGGUACAUAAAAAGAGACAUAUAUAUUUAUAUAUAUAUAUGCAUACAAUAAAUAAAAUACAGGACAAGAACUCUGUAUGGCUUUCCUUCCACCAGAAAGAAGUAAUCUUUUAAAAAAUGUAAACAUUUAAUUCAGAAUUUUCUUGAAUCUUUAAGCCCCACCUUCCUUAUGCAUAAUUUUCUUUGGGAGGAAAAAAACCCAUGCACUUUGCCCUUGUGAAAAGGGGGAUGGCAACUGAGAGACUUGGACUUGAUUUGAAUUGAAAAAUAGGUACAUCAACAAGCUUUACCAAAGUUCUUGUCCGCUGAUUUACCUUUAGUUUUUCAUGGUUGAUUUGCACUCUCUCCAUAUUUCUGGUGCCUCUAUUUUUUUAAAGAAAGGAUCAGCUGAUGCAUGCAGGAUACCAGGAUACCACGGUGUAUCGCAUUACUACGCAUAGCGCCAGGAAAUCUUUUAUAUAGAAACCUACGCAUACUCACACGCACGCACGUGUGUAUAUGUAUAUAUGUACUUUUUUAUACAUAUAUAUACAGAUACACAACACAGAUACACACAUCUAUGUUUUGCUAUAAUAGAUUUACCUAUGCAGUAGAUCCAGAAUCUGUAUGGUGAAGUACUGAUGGUCCUCCAAGUUGUAAAGCAGAGACCUUGAUCAUAUGUUAGCUCUCCAGGCAAAAGCUGCGUGGAAGUGGGGAGCUGCUCACGUCAGCCAGCAAGUGAUGUACUUGAAGAAGGCAGCAGGCACUGUAUGGUCAUAGUUGAAAUGGGCCUUAAAUAACAGGACAAGAGGUCAAGUGGGUGACAUGUAUUGGGUGGAAUUGAAGCUUAUAUAAAAUGGGUGAUCAAACCAGAGAGAGUGUGGGUGCCACCCAAUAGUGGCUGCAGCAGCAGCAAAUAUUUUUGUGGUCUUCAGUAUAUGGCUGUGGGGCAGCAUGCAUUACUGGUUUGUAGUAGCUUGUGUUCUUUCAGAUUUAAUUAUGCCAGAGUCUGGAAACUAUUAUCCUCCAUGCUUUUUCCAUAAAUCAAUUAAUUUAAACCUUAUUUAGUAAAAGUAUAUUUUUCUAAGUUGUGGAAAUUCUUAUUUAACUGUGGACAAAUUCUAUUUCUAGAUUUAUUUGCCAGGUAGUCCCAACACCCAGAGAACUGAUCAAAACUAAACAUUGCUUUAAAUGUCAUAUCAAUAUAUGUGUAUGUAGGCAUACACAUGUGUAUAAAUAUAUAUAUUGUAUAUUAUGUACAUUUAUUUUAAACUACAAUACAUUUCCUAUUUUUCCAAGUUCAGCUAAAAAUGUCUCUAAAAUACUACAGAGUCGGCUAGUAACCAGUUAUGGCCAUCACAGGCAUUGUAUCAAGGAACUUCACAUUUUGUUGUAAACAUUUGUACCAAUUUGUUACAUGUACAAAUGCAAUAAGAAAAUAAUGUAGAAAUUAUUGUGUUGAAUGACAGAUUUGCAAAAUCAGUUCAUGGUUAAUGAGCAGUGGCAUUAGGAGUGUAAGACUAAAUCCAGUAAGCAUAUGUUUUGUGUACUGCCACAAGGUUCUCCUUGUUUUAAAAAGUAUUUAAACAAACAAACAAACAGAACUCUUGGACAAAUUAACUUUGUGCCAUGUGUAGACUACACAUUAAUACAGGCUCUCAGUCAGUCCUGUAUAUAAUGUGUAUGUAGGCUGUCACAGAUCAUAGUGGCCGUUGGAGGUCUUCUCUGUUCAUGCAGUUUUGGUUUCUCCAAUACAUUUGAAUCCAAGUCUACAAGACGCAGUUUUUCCGGCACUGUAGAUAAAAAGCAAGAAAAUGUUUUUUUGUGUAAUACUUCUUUUGGUACAUGACUAAACUUCAAAUAGCAGUAUUUUUGAAGAAUUUUGAGCAUAACCAGUGUAGGUUUCAAGGUAGUAAUUGAAUCAAAAAGUAAAAAUUUGAAGACAAAUGAAACUCUAAAGGGUCUUCCUUUAGAUAGAAGAUAAAC